GGGAUGCGACCUCCCACGGACACACCCGAUCCGUGGAGGCGCAGCUCCGGAACGUGCAGGUCAUCAGCGCGACCCGCUCUGCGUUUGCAGCACUCUUGGCAGAUGGAACCGUGGUCACCUGGGGCGACGCGGCUACCGGCGGUGACAGCCGCCAUGUGCAGGAGCUGCUAAAAGAUACGCGGCACAUUGAAGCCUCUGACAAGGCUUUUGCGGCCAUCCUGGGCAAUGGGAGCAUCGUCACCUGGGGCGACAAG